ACCGGCGGGGGGCGGGGCGCUUCCGGCCGGCGGUGGCGGCUCGGGGUCCGCACGUGAGUGGCGUUCAGGCUUCGCAGCUGCUAAAGCACGAUGUGCGUGAGAGAGGCACCCACGGCUCAGACGGUGAAAUCUCGAUUUGCCAGAAACCAGCUCCCGGGGCCCCUUUACCUUCCGGUCCGUGUUUGAGGGGAGAAGCUGCCACCGUCCCUGCAGAGAAGGCUGGAGGUUCCAACCGUGGAAGCCUCGGGCGGCUGACACUCGUCCCCCCUGCAGAGAGGGCCGGGAAGCUGCCCGAGCCGAGAAGGGGCCUUGGCUUGUGGCGGCCCGCAUCAGCAGGACGCCAGUGGGCGAGGGAGGUGGGAGGGGAGGGAGGCUUGGAAAGGCCUCCAGUACUGGCUCAGGUGCGACCCCUGUCGGCCGGGACGAGCCCCCUCCUCAUGGCCUCCAAGCCGGCUGCCGGGAGGACCCCGGGGGAGAAGCGCAAGAGGGUGGUGCUGACCCUGAAGGAGAAGAUGGACAUCUGCCGGCGCCUGGAGAAGGGGGAGAGCAGGAAGGCGCUGAUGCAGGAGUACAACGUGGGCAUGUCCACCCUGUACGACAUCAGGGCCCACAAGGCCCAGCUGCUCCGCUUCUUCGCCAACUCCGACUCGGACAAGGCCCUGGCGCACCGGCGCACACUGCACACGCCCAAGCUUGAGCACCUGGACCGCGUGCUGUACGAGUGGUUCCUGGUGAAGCGCGCCGAGGGCGUGCCCGUCUCGGGCCCCAUGCUCAUUGAAAAGGCCAAGGACUUCUACGAGCAGAUGCAGCUGACCGAGCCCUGCGUGUUUUCUGGCGGCUGGCUCUGGCGUUUUAAGGCCAGACACGGCAUCAAGAAGCUGGACGCGUCCAGCGAGAAACAGGCGGCCGACCACCAGGCUGCAGAGCAGUUCUGUGGCUUCUUCCGGAGCUUAACCGCCGAGCACGGCCUGUCCCCCGAGCAGGUGUACAACGCCGAUGAGACCGGCCUCUUCUGGCGCAGCUCGCCCAGUCCCAGCCCGGAGGGCGGGGCGGUGCCCGGCCCCAAGCAGAACAAGGACAGGCUGAGCGUCCUCAUGUGCGCCAACGCCACGGGCUCCCACAGGAUCAAACCCUUGGUGGUCGGGAAAUGCGGCGGCCCCAAGGCGGUCCAGGGCAUCCAGCACCUGCCUGUCGCGUACAAGGCCCAAGGUAACGCGUGGGUGGACAAGGAGAUUUUUACUGACUGGUUCCAUCACAUCUUUGUGCCCGCGGUGAAGGAGCACUUCCGAGCCGUGGCUCUGCCCGAAGACAGCAAGGCCAUCCUCCUGCUGGACGGCUCCCGCGCCCACCCGCGGGAGGCCGACUUAGUUUCGGAGAACAUUUUCACCAUCUUCCUGCCCGCCAGCGUCACCUCCCUGAUCCAGCCCAUGGACCAGGGCAUUCGCAGGGAUUUCAUGAGGAACUUCGUCACCCCUCGCGGCACGCUGCAGGCCUUCACCCCCCGAUGCAGCGUGCACGACGCCGUGCUCGACGUGGCCUGCGCCUGGAACGCGGUGCCGGGCGCCGUCUUUAGCCGGGCCUGGAGGAAGCUGUGGCCCGAGGUCACGCUCGUCGAAGGCUCGUCUUCAGAGGAGGAGCCCGAGCGCCUCAGGACGAAGCCUCCCGACCAGACCUUCGUGCACAUCCCCGGGCUCGGGGGAGGCGCCCCGGCCCGCCUUGGGAGUGCGGCCACGGGGAGUCCCGAGCUGGCCGAGGCGGGGGUGGGUGACGAGGCGGCCUGGGAGCAGGCGGCUGCAUCCUUUGACGCCGUGGUGCGCUUUGCGGAGGGGCAGCCCUGCUUCUCGGCCCAGGAGGUGGGCCAGCUGCGCGCGCUGCGCUCCGUGUUCGGCAGGCGGCAGCAGGCACAGCGGUGCAGGGCCCUCAGGGCCGCAGUCAAGCUCGAGGCGCCCUGGGAGCACGCUGGGCCUCGCGGCGCCCGGCCUCGCUCCCCUCUGCCCGGCUCGUCCACAGCGGGUGAGGCCUGAGGCAACGGGGCCCGACCUGCGGUCUCAGGGGUCACGUCCCUCAGGACGGCCCGCCCCGUCCGGGUUUUGCCGUGUGGCCUGUCGUGCCACAUGGGUGCCAGUGGGUCUUCCUGAAGGGCCCACCCAGACCCAAAACGUACCGGAGCCUCCGGUGGCCGGAAGCCAGCCUCGUGUUUUCUGGCUGAGCCUUGCUGUGUCCGAGGGUGGAGAUGUCUCUCUGUCCAGGUGGGGAAGAGCCGCCUUCAGCUGACCAGUGGUGGUACCCGCUGCCACUUGACUGGGCUGGUACUUCCUGUGGCCCACCGCUCCCCUUCUCCAGGACUCAGUCUGCUGGUCUGGGGGCCGGCCCUGAGUCGGGCAGUUCACUGAGGGCGGGACUCAAUAGAAUAAGAGUCGGUGUGGGCCCUGCCUGUGGCUCUGCAGGCCACACGUCCCCCUUCAGUCGUGAGCUCACGUAGCAGCACGAGUUUCUCCAUGCUGCCAGCACAUCCCGCCUCUCAGGCUCAGACCCCAAGAUGCAGCAGGCUGCGCGCCUACUUGAUGUGGUAGAAGUGCUCCGUUAAAGCCAGCAGGAGCGGGCGGCUGGGCCCGUCACCCCAACGUGGGGCCACAGGGCACUGCCAGUGUGUCGAGCAUCUUGGCUCCGAGUCCAACCUACAGGCCUCAUCCCCCAUAAUUUCACCUUUACAGCCCCUGCAUUAAUAAACUUUGACCAGAUGUUCAGAAAUUAGCCUUAGGCGAUAUAACAAAAACAGUAAAGCUCGCAGCUGAGCUGUCUAGCAGGAUUUGAACUCCUGUUUUCAGCUGUGGAAAGCUGGCUGUGCUGGUGGUCUCGCAAAGGCCGGUCGCGGGAUGGCGCGGCUGUGUUUCCUGUGUUGCAGCUGAUUCCCACGUUCUGCCAUGUCACUCAUCAGCACAGCCGUAGGACAGAGCCCCUUAUCGGCCGUGGUCGCCCUCUUCGAAUGUACGUGAAAUGGGUGAGCUUUUCUGUGCUCUUUUCACUGCUUCGCCUUCAGUUGCAUCCCCUUCUUGGGUAGCUGAAUCGGCACAUAGUUUUCAUUCCUGUGUUUGUUGCGUGCCGAGAGCCCUCCGUGAGAGCCAAGGAGAGCUGAGGGCUUGCUUCGCAGUCGGCUCUCUGGUGUUUCUACAUCUUUCCCAGCAGUGCGGUGGCAGUCACGGCCGGCCCGGCGCUGCUCUAGUGCGGUGGCAGUCACGGGCGGCCCGGCGCUGCUCUGUGGACCGUGCGUUUCCUGCUUCAAAUGCGGGUAUGAAGAUUGGGAAACAAGCACAGACCGUUCUCACCGUGUCGCUGCUGGCUCUUUGGGCCAGAUUGCCUCCUGCUGUGUUGUCACAUCGGUUUCCUUCCCGUGUUUGGGGCGACAUCUGUGCACCAUGUACUUCUGUGCCACUUUUGGACUCCUGUGUGUCCCCUGUGCGGUUGAGUUGCAGCUGCUUGAGGUGUUGACAGGGUUAGAUGUCAGGGGCGGCAGCGUGGAGAUGGACAGACACGCGGAGAAGCUCCUUCCCCACUGUCAGCCCCUCGACCCCAGCCCAGUGGUUCUGGAGUAGCGGGACUGUGCUGGGGGGGGGACGGCCCCCCGUGGGUGCUCUGUCCCCACCAGACUGUAGACCCCAGGCCAGACUCCUGUCCUGCCGUCACAACCUGCCCCCGUCCUGGCUGUGUUGUGGCCGAUCAAUGAGCUGGCUGAGGGAGUCUGUUCUCCUUCCAGGACCAGACACGCCCCCUGUGCUGCGUUGUUCUUCAGGGGCAGGACUCGGCCCUGCCUGCUUCCCUCUCCCCUAACGAGCCGGCACGCCCCCUCCUCAUGGCCUCAGUGCUGGAGAUCCUGGUCGGUGCGAGGUUUCUCGGGGUGCAGACUGAGGUGCAGCGUGAGGUGCACGUGCCCGGGGAGGACCGGAGCCCGGCGGCGCCCAGCUACCCAUGGGUGCCCCCGCCUCUGCCCCGCCCCUGAGUGCCCACCCCUGGGGCUUUGCUCUUCACUCACCAUCCAGUUUCUGAGAGCCUCAAGGGGUCAGAAUGUUCUGGUCUCAGAAUCUUUCCUAAACAGUCUUAGGGGGCCCCACUGGACUGGGUGCGAAAUCGGAGCCGGGUGGGAAGGCCUCCUCAUCUGCCCGUGCAUCGGCCCCUCUGUCUCCUCUCCUGAAGCCCCCGGGGGCAGUGGGGUCUCCGUCCUGCUGGCAGAGCCUCUUCCAGGCCCCCUGCUCACCCUGCAGGGGCAGCGAGCUCAGGCACAGCGGGAGUGGUGCACACUCCUCCCACCCCAGGCAGGCAGCACCGGUGCCCUGGGAUAAGCCCAGGAGUCAUCCCUGUCGGGACUCGGCGGGCCCCUUCCGGUCUGUUUGCCCACCUUGACCUUCCCCCUUCUCGGUGGUCAAAACGACUUGGCAGACCCCAAGCUGGGAGGAAGCUGCCUGCGGCCGCACCGUGUCCUCAGCCUCUCCUUCCCUCUGCGGGAGGAAUCGGGGCGUCCCCGGAGCUGGACGGGCAGCAGGUGCCACCCCUGCCUGUGGUGGAUAAGGGACCGUUCCUGGGCACUGCCCGCAGUGCCGGGAUCCAGGGAGAGGAGACCAGAGUCUGCUGGGAGGCCUGGGGCCCCCGACUCAGGACAGGCAGCCUCCGCCGGGGUUGCCCCUUGCCUGAGCCUGGCCGAGCAAAGGCUGGACUCGCAGGUUGUAGAUGGAAUUCAGGCAUCUGCCAGGGGCUGGGUGGGUCGGUGGUCCUUCACAGUCUCUUUUGCUUUGGAUCCGCUGCCUGCAGUGCCUGCUCCCCAGUGCUGGGGGGUCUGCAGGCGCCCCAGGUUAGACCCACGGUGUGGGAGGUCCUGGAGGUCCUCCAGUUGGGGAAGGCUGAGCCUGCGUAGGGGUCUGGGGUGAACUGCCCCGCCUCACCAGUGUUUCCUGCGGGCGGAGGGGGGGGGUUGCGGGGGGAGGCAGCUGAGGCCCUGCCCUGGGCGUGUCCACGUGGUAGCACUCACACCUCUGGUGAGCCAGGUGGUGGGGUAGGGGGGAUUGGAGGGUGGGUGGGUGGAGGGCAGAUGAAUGAAGAAAGGAAGGCAGGCAGUUGCAGCCUCUGCUUGGACCUUUUUGGGCCAGGAUUACCCAGGUCGGAAGGCAGAGCCCUUUGGAGGCAGCUCGGGGCCACCGUAGCCAGAUGUUUCUGGAGGGAUGGAGGUCGGCGGCAGGGACACACGCUGCUUCUGUUCCUGGGAGGCUGUGGCACAGGGGCAGCAGCAUUUUGGGCAGACAGGACCUGCCUGGGCAGCCCCAGGAAGGAGGCAUCCGCAGGCACCAGCGUCAGUGGGUUUUCUUGGUUCGUAAACGUGCUUCUGUUUCGUCCACGUGUAGCGUUGCUCAGCGCCUGCUGCGUGCUGGGCAUGGGGCUCAGCUUGAGGCCAGAGGGUGGUCAGACAAAGUCCCUGUCCUGCUUCCAGGGAACACAGGUCUCCCGAGAAGGGCUGCGGGGGCGGCCGCCCCGUCCGGCAGUUGCUUUCCCGGGUUGCAGCCGCCGUGUCCGUGAGGACGCGGGGCACGUUGCUGAGGGGAGCCCAGGUUGUGUGUGAGGGUGCUUCACCUGCGUGGCAGGCCCGGGAGGCCUGGAUUGCUGCCCCUUCCACCUACCACUCAGCUCCGGAAGCAGGGCUGUCACUCACCCCCAGCCCCAGAACUGUGCGCAGAGGUUCUUCCCGGGGAGGAGCGGACCGUGGGACAGAGCUCCUGGCCCCUCUGCUAAGGAGCUGACUUGGUUUGCUGCAGAGUGUGGAGAAGUGCGAGCCUGAGUCUGCUCUCAGAAACCGGACGUCGUGGAGAAAGGCCAGUGGGAGGAGGUUGAUAGAUGUACUGGUGAUGCAGGCUAAACUGUAGGCUGUCUGUGGGUCAGGGAAAAAAUCUCAAGCACUGAGCUCAGUAUCGAUUCCUUCAAAGGAGCCAAAUUUGACUGGAUUGGUCUGAGAAGCAGCGUACACCCAGGGCGUUGUUAAAAACAACAGAGCAGCCGGCCAGCUGUGAGUGGAACUUAACAGCUGGCUGUGGGCAGGGGCCACACAGAGCUUUGGCAAAACCACUGCCAUGGGGUGGGAGGUGGGCGGAGCGGGGGCCUGCUGGAGGCCGCACCCCUGAGAAGGAGCAUGGGGGCUCCGUCAGGGGCUGCAGGGGAGGCACUGAGGUGACCCAGCCAGCCAAACAUGAAGCAAACAGAUCACAAGUCCCAGUUUGGGGUGACCAGUACCCGGAGCUGGUAGAUAUAUGUCCUAAAAGGAUCCGUUUCCAACCAAACAUUAUGAACAUGCAAAGAAACAGGAAAAUACGGCCACAUACCAUAUUGUUACCAAAAAGCAGGCAACGGACACUGCCUCAGGGAGUGAGAUGUUGGAUUUAACAGGAAAAGACUUCCAAUUGGCCUUUACAAAUGUGGUCAGAGAACAAAAGGAAACCAUGAUUAAAGAAGUAAAGGGGGAAAAAAGAAAGGAAGGUAUCAAGUAGAGAGUAUCUAUAAAAAGAUUAUAAACAAAAAGUUACUUUAAAAAACCUGGAGGGACUUCCCUGACGGUCCAGUGGUUAGGACUCCACGCUUCCACUGCAGGGGGCACGGGUUCGAUCCUUGGUCGGGGAGCUAAGAUCCCACAUGCCGCGGGGCGUGGUCAAAAAACAAACACACCCUGCUUCUGUGACCAUCUUAUUUUUAUUUUUUUGCAGUACGCGGGCCUCUCACUGUUGUGGCCUCUACCGUUGCGGAGCACAGGCUCUGGACGCGCAGGCUCUGGACGCGCAGGCUCAGCGGCCAUGGCUCACGGGCCCAGCCGCUCCGUGGCAUAUGGGAUCUUCCUGGACCAGGGCACGAACCUGUGUCCCCUGCAUCAGCAGGCAGACUCCCAACCACUGCGCCACCAGGGAAGCCCUUCUGUGACCAUCUUAAAGGAAACUCAGCUAUCUUAAUUAAGAAUAGACGACACCUUAAUACAAGUAUUAAAAAAAAACAAAAAAAAAACAUUCCUCUUAAAAAAAAACAAAAACCAUGGAAAUUCCAGAGUUGAAAAGUACAACAGAUGAAAAAUUCACUGGAAGGGCUGUACAGUAGAUGUGAACUAACAGAAGAAUUAGCGAUCUUGAUAGCGCUCGAGAUUGAUAGAUUAUUCCAUUCAAAGAACAGGAUGGAAAGAACGAAGAAGAUGGAUGGUCUCAGAGCCACGUGGGACAGUCUCACCCACUGCCCAGAAAGGAAGACCGAGGCGGGAGUAGCAGCCUGGUCCUCCGUCGUGGUUGGAGGUCGUGCCGCUGGGACCUCAGCCCUCCCGAGCCACCGCUGCUGCCUGCCGCCUCUCCUACCCAACCGGGCCUACGGGGGGCACAGGCCUUCGCGGGUGGACGUGGGGCCUGUCCCUGUGACGGCCCCAUUUCACGGAGGGGUCCUGAGGCCUGCCCCAGACCGCAGACUUCCUGCUGUGUGACGCCCGGUCAGUGUGGCCACCGCUGUGGACUUUGGGCAGGAGGGGAUUCUUGGGCAGUGCCGGAAGGGUGGGCUGGAUACCCCAGGCUCAGUGGGGGAAUGGCCACAUCCCUCUGACACGUGCGCAGGCACAAAAAGCCCAUCGCUACCGCAAAAAAAAAAAAAAAAAGGCAAGAAACAAUCAGGCAAAAAUAAUUGGGCUUCCCUGGUGGCGCAGUGGUUGGGAGUCCGCCUGCCGAUGCAGGAGACACGGGUUCGUGCCCCGGUCCGGGAGGAUCCCACAUGCCGCGGAGCGGCUGGGCCCGUGAGCCAUGGCCACUGAGCCUGCACGUCCGGAGCCCGUGCUCUGCAAUGGGAGAGGCCACAGCAGUGAGAGGCCCGCGUACAGCAAAAAAAAAAAAAAAAAAAAAAGCCCAUCACGCUGGCCAGGGCCCAGGAACUGGGCUCUGGAAGCGAGUCCUGCUUCUUGUCGUGAGCAGCCCCAGUGAGAAGAGGAGCCAGAGGCCCAGCGGGGUGGGGGCCCCAGCGUAGCUCCUGGGGUCUGGGUUUUACUGGCUGCCCCCAGCCCCUGGCAGAAGCCAGGCUGUGAGGUGUGGUUGUCACCCCUCUGACACAGCCUCUCCAGGGACGGUCUUCCAGCCUGGGGCCAAGGAGUGUGUGGAUGUGGAAACUGCAGGGGGUUGUGGCACCCUCACAGACCCUUCCAGACCAGGGGCCUGGUCACACGCUGAGACCUUUGUUCUGUCUUCAGGGUCUGCACAGUGCCCUCUGCUGGGCUCAUGAGGGAGUGUAGGUGGCCCCAGCCUAGAGGCUUGAAGGAGCUGGAAGGUUCCUGAUCAGCCAGGACUCAGGGAUCUGCUGUGCUUGGCCUGGGUGAACCCUGACCCUGGUCCCACGCUGAGCCUGGCCCUGGUCCCACGCUGAGCCUGGCCCUGGUCCCACGCUGAGCCCUGGCCCUGGUCCUGGUCCCACUCUGAGCCCUGGUCCUGGUCACACGCUGAGCCCUGGCCCUGGUCCCACUCUGAGCCCUGACCCUGGUCCCACGCUGAGCCCUGACCCUGGUCCCACACUGAGCCCUGGCCCUGGUCCUGGUCCCACGCUGAGCCCUCAGCCUGGCCCCCAUGUUCCCUUAGCUCAUAAGGAGGGCAAAACCAGGGAGCCUGGAGCCCUGUGUAGGUUUCACUCCUCUCCUGGGGGAAGGCAAGAGCCUUUGCUGACCUCCUCCCUCCUCCCCCACAUGUGACUCAGUGCUCUCUGUGGUCACAACACUCCCCCUCCUCCGCCUCCGCCCCAACUCCAGGUGCAGUGUGGUUCCAGGCCCUGGGUGACAGUGUCCCGGGGGUGGAGAGUGACUGUGAAGCUGACUCACUGCACGGCGGGGGAGGUGUGAGCGUCAGAGCUGGGCUCGCCCAAACGCAGACCCCAGCUGGUCCAGGCGGCUCCUGCGGGAGCAUCAGGGCUGCGCCAGGCCCUGGUCAUCGGGUGGGCAGGCGCACACAGGGCCCAGAGCCGAGACCCUUCCAGCCAGCCCCAUUCGCAGAGACCAUGGGGCUUGGGGGCCCAGCAGCCAGCUGCCCUGCCUCUGCCCCUCCCUCUCCAGGGACCUGGGCUCUGGCCCCUCCCAGUCACGAACUGGGGCCAGUGGCCUCUGGCUGCAGAAGUCAGGCUGUAGGCUUUGCGGUGGGGAGGGCCCCAGAGAGCCCGCCGGGGGCAUCCUGCAGGGGCGGGGAACCUCCUUCUCUGUCCAGCCUGGCCCUGUGCUCACUCAGACACAGGUCCCACCUCCACAGGCCCGCAGACAGACACCGGUGGAGCCCAGGGGCUGGGAGUCACAGGCUGAGAGAGCUUCCCAGGGGGACAGUGGGAGGCCAGAAGAGGCCUGUGAUAGCAAAAGGCCAGUGUCCUGGAGGGGGUGGGACCUUCCUGUUGGGGGCCCCUCUGCCAGGCUGUGGUGUCCCGACUGCAGUGGGGAACCUCUGAAGGUGGGGAUUGGGGGACAGAGGUGUGAAGAGUGAGGGGCUGGGGAGCGGGUGAUGGGCAGGCCCUACGCCCUUGUUCCCCAAGGCUUCGGUGUGAGCUCAGGCCUCCAGACACCGAGACACUGGCCACCACGAGAGUGGGCGGGGCCUCACUGCAGUGGAGAAGAUGGACACCGGCUUUUAUGUCUGGACCUGGCAUGAGCGGGGGCCUGUGCCCGGCCUUCCCGCAUCCCCGCAGUUCCCCAACAAGGCCUGGAGGUGGCCCUGCUCCCCACUUCCAGAUCAGGACCCCACGGAGCAAGGGUGAGGUGGCCCUGGGUCCAGGUCCCGACCCUGUAUCCUCCAGGCUCGCUCUCCAUCUCUCCGCCACAAGCAGCGUACCCGCAGCCUGGCCAACAGCUGUGGGAGGCUGAGGCCCCACUGGCAGCAGACGGAGAAACGGAACAGGAGGGCGAGAGGGUGGGGGGUAGGGGGCAGCCGGAAGAGGGGUCUAAGGAGGGAUCUGUUAGCUUAGGAAGCAGCUUGGGCCCCAGGAUGCUCCUCUGAGAAGGGGGCUCAGCUGCGGUUUCCAGCGAGUGGGCAUCUGUUCCCUCAUUUUAUUAAUAACGCAGAACAGUGAUGUCACUGGGCUCUCCGUGAGCCAGCCACUCCACUGACCGAUUCUUCCUAAUUGCGAAAAAGGAGUCUAGGUGUCCUCGGGAGGCUCUGCAGCGGAUUCCACGAGGCCUUGAGUUGCCGCCGUCCACUAGACGCGGGCGUCUGGGCUGCCCCGCCAUCCUAGAAGGGGGGCCCAGCCAGCAGGCGCGGUGACCUCGGCAUUGAGGCUCAGGCCUGGUGGUCCUGGGCCUCCAGAGAGAUACUGCUGGGCACCAGGCUGGCAAAGCAGCCUGGGCCGGGGGUGGGCAGCUGCUGCUACACCCCAGCUGAGACCUGGAUGAGACCAUGGGGCGGCAGCUAAGGGUGAGAGCUUGCGGCGCCGGCUGGCCCGGUUCAGUGCCCGUCUCCUUGCCUCCCGCGGCCCUGCUGUCGCCUCCACCCCAAGCAGCACUGGUCCUCGUUCAGUGGUUUGUCACUGAGAGGACUGAAGGUCGGACGUCAGAACACAAAAUGGGUAUUUCCGCAAACGCUUCGAAGUUCACCACCCACCUCAGCUCUGGUUCUCACAGGAAGGGACUUUCUUCUUUAGUGACAGAAAGGUCCUCCCAGCUUGUUUGCAAGAACGGGGGCUGGAAGCCACGCUCUGUUGAGGACAAGCACAGUGCUCCCCGCGCCCUGCCCCGGGUCCGUGCGUGGCCCACGCUGCAGUUGCAUCUGAUCUGUCCAACAAAGCGGAAUCUUCCAGACACUUGACGACAGGGCCUCAUCCGACCACUGGGUCACAGCUGUCAUCCCAUGAUUCAGACACCUCUUGGAGACCCUUCUGGGGGGCUGGAGAUGGGGCCACCUGGACAGACAGCCGCCCACUGCCCCCAGAGGGCAAAGUUGUCCUUAUAGGAAGCAACGGUCUGGAGUUGGACGGUGAACUCCUUUUCUCCAAUUAGGAAGGUGGGUUCAAGUGCGUGGCCACAAGAGCACGACUGGAACUUGAGCCCAGAUCUGCCUCCCUCAAGGCCCUCACUCUUCAUCAGUGAAGUGCACCGCCAGCCAGAGGGCAGGCGGGUCAGGGUGGUCGUGUGGAUGGUGAAGGUGGUGAUAGUGAUGUCGAUGGCUGUGCUGGGAAUGACGGUGGGCUGCGGUGGUUACGGAGGGUGGAGAGGAGAUGGUGGGACACGGUGACAGUGGUGAUGGUUGUAUGUACUGUGCGCAGUGGAGGUGGUGGCUUUGACGGUGGUGACAGGAGUGAUGGGGGGUGGAGAGGACGGUGGGGCUGGGGACGGUUGAUGGUGGAGGUCACGGUUAUGAUGGGGGGUGUGGUAGAGGUGACAGUAAUAGUGGAUGAGGACGAGGAUGCUGGCGAUGGGGGUGCUAUGGUCUGGAUGUUCGUUUAACUGCUGAAAUCCUAACCCCUAAGGUGAUGGUACUUGGAGGUGGGGCUUUGAGAGGUGGUCAGGUUAUGAGGGUGGAGCCUUGCUUUGGGUUAAUGCCCUUAAAAAAGAGACCCCAGAGAGCCCCCUCGCCCCUUCCGUCACCUGAGGACACAGUGAGGUCUGCAGUCCACAACCAAGAAGAGGGCUUUCACCAGAACCCUACCACCCUGGCACCCUGACCUUGGAUUUCCAGCCUCCAGGACGGUGCGAAGUCAGUUUCUGUUGUUCGCGAGCCCCUCCGGCGGUGGUAUUCUGUUCGGAGCAGCCCGGGUGGAGGCAGGCGGGGAUGAAGGUGGCGUGGCGGCAAGGGUGCUGGUGCUGAAAGCGGGGCAGUGAGGAGCUCGUGUGAUGGUGGUCGUGGUGGUUUUAACGGUGGUGGUGAUGUUGGGGAUGGUGGGUGCUGUGCAUUGGAUUGUGUCCCCCUGCCCAGAGUCAUGUGACGAAGCCCUAACCCCCGCAGGACAGUGUUUGGAGAUAGGGCGUUGAGGAGGUGAUUAUGGUGAGAGGAGGUCAUGAGAGUGGGGCCCUAAUCUGAUAGGACUAAUGCCUGUAUCCGAAGAGGGUGAUCACUCUCAGUUUCUCUCUUUCUCGCAAGCCAAGAAAAGGCCCUGUGAGAACACUUCGAGAACACAGCCAUCUACUAGCCAAGAGAGCUCUCUCCAGAAACCUAAUGGGCUGCCACCCGUAUAUUGGACCUCCCAGCCUCCAGAACUGUGAGAAAUAAAUGUCUGUUGUUUAAGCCA